AUGAAAGAACAAAAAGCUAACGUACGUUUCCUCCCUUCUUCUUCUCCUCAACAUCCACAUCCAACGGUAAAUACUCGACAACGAAUCAAACGACCAAUCUCACCACCACCCUUCGGACAUAAAAAACGACCCAAUCAUUCACUCAUACUACAUCUACACUGCAAUUCUGCCAACGAUAUGAACAAACUUGAUCAUACGAAAUAUUGGAAUGAUUAUUAUUCAUCACCUGAUAUUGGGGAUGAUGAAAAAUUACCUAAACCACCAUCGAAAAUCAAAUUAUAUUCGACAAAAUGGAAAUUGGAAAAUCCAAAUCCCAAAACUAAAUCACCUUCUUCCCAUGGUGAACAGGCAUUCUACGGUAAUCCCAUGAUGAUGGGGUAUGGAGGUGGUGCAAUGGGUAUGGGUAUGUAUCCAGGUAUGUCAGGUAUGGGUCCUAUGGGUAUCGGUACGGGAUAUGGGAUGGGUCCUGGAAUGGGUAUGAUGGGAUACGGGAUUCCAAGAUACGGAGGGUGCAGUAUGUAUGGCGGUUACGGAGGAUACGGGAUGGUAGACCCUUUAUUGGGACAAUACGGUGCGCUUCCAGCUGCAAAUUUCGUGGACGAUUUCCCAGAUGCUCAUCGGAUUGAACAUGCUUAUCGACAAUCGGCUCCAGACGCUUACGGUAUGGGAAUGGGUAUGAUGGGUGGCGGGAUGGGAAUCAACAAUAUCCCAGGAAGUCAGGUCAUGCUAUACGGUAGAGGGAUGCCAUAUAACGGCUGGUACGCUUAA